AUGGACACAAUGGCAGGAUUCAUGGCACCGACAGCCUCUGGGUCCGAUCUACACUCCAACCUAAGUUCGACCAUGGCAGAAACUUCCUCCUCGUCCCUUUCUCUCACGGAAUAUUCGACACACCCACUGGUACGACAUGGCAAUCGCACCUACUUUCGCGACCCGGAGAACGUCUACCCUUUGCCCUGUGACCUGCCCGAAAUCCACCGCCAAAGCCUGCGCACGUUGAUGCUGCUGCGCGUUCUCGGCGGCCCAUUCUGCAACCCCCACCUCGCCAACAGCCCACCGAAGCGCAUCCUGGAGAUCGCGUGCGGGUCCGGUCUGUGGUCCGGCCUGUGCCACGAAUACUUUGCCCGCAGGGGCCAGCCAAACGUGGCCUUUGCGGGAAUCGACGUAAUUUCCAUUGCGCCGGAUCUGCGGAAGCAGGGCAUGAACUGGCAGUUCAAACGACAUGACCUGCGGCGCCCUCGCUUGCCUUUCCCCGACGACUAUUUCGAUUUCGUUUUUAUCAAAGAUGCCGGCAUGUGUCCGUCCAGUCCGGCGCAGUCGGCAUCCGGCUUGGCAGAGCCCUUACGCGUGUUGAAAUCCGGAGGCAUUUUGGAGGUGUGGGAUUCAGAUUGGAGCUUCCGCUCUCUGUUGCCUAACCCAGCCCCGGCGCGCAAAACCACAUCCAAAGAACAGGAAAACGCCGAUGCGACGGCGACCUAUACAUUCUCGCCCGCCACGCCGUUCACACGAGCCCAGAAUAAAUUCAUCGUUGAUUAUAACUCCUGGGUGGAGAAAUCGUUCGACCGGCGCAAGUUGACGGCGCUUCCGUGCGCCACUAUUGGGCUGUCAUUCAAUUCCGAGGUUGAUCUGCUGGAAAAUGUGGACAGUCGCCGCGUCGCGAUCCCGCUUGGGGAGUUGCGAUGGGAGCGAGACGGCCAGGGCAAAGAUUCCAAAGGCCGUCCACGCAAGGCUCUCACGCCAGAACAGAUCUCAAUUCGUCGAACGGCCCUCCUGACAACCAUUCAAAUGAUUGAAGGGCUGGAACCAUUGCUGAUGGAGUCCAGUGGGAAGGGCCGCGACGAAUGGGAUCGGUGGUGGGCAGCGAUGACAGCCGACCUCCUGCAGAAAGGCGGACUUGCCAGCGGCGAGUGCCUGGAAGUGAGUGCCUGGUGGGGUCGAAAAAGGUGA